AUGGAAGCUCCAAGAAGGAACCAGCAGGAAAAGCAAAGGAAGGGCCGUGCUUGUGGUCGACCCCUGCCUGAACCACAUGUGACCUCUGGGACCCUGAUCUCCACAGUCGACACGGGCCCUGAGGCUUUUAGGAGACUCUCUGGCCCGGGGCUGGGGAGACCUAAACUUUGCCCACAGAGGAGCCGUCCCCACUCCCGGCGCCGCCAUCGCACCACCUUCAACCCAGCACAGCUGGAACAGCUGGAGUCAGCCUUUGAGAGGAACCAGUACCCUGACAUCUGGGCUCGAGAGGGGCUUGCCCAAGACACUGGCCUCAGUGAAGCCCGAAUCCAGGUCUGGUUCCAGAACCGCAGAGCUAAGCAACGGAAGCAAGAGCGGUCGCUGCUCCAGCCGCUAGCUCACCUACCCCCGGCCACCUUCUCUGGCUUCCUGCCAGAGUCCCCUGCUUAUCCCUACUCCUAUACAACACCAGCUCCACCAGUACCCUGCUUCCCUCACCCUUACAAUCACACGCUCCCCACCCAACCCUCCACUGGUGCCUCAUUGCCUCUCCCUCCCCAGCCUGAGGACUGGUACCCCACCUUGCACCCAACCCCUGCUGGCCAUCUGCCCUGUCCCCCACCCCCACCCAUGUUCCCCCUCAGCCUUGAGACACCAAAGUCCUGGAACUAA